CAGAAAGAUAUCGACGUCGGCAUUUUCUAUAACAGAAGCUGUGAAAAACCACAGCCCUUCGAACGUACUUUCGGGUAGGUCGAUAGAUUUCCGCUCCGAACACUGCCCAUAAUAAGCGCUUUCCUCGAACCUUCCUGCCUUGCUAUACCUCGUAUUUAUGUUGAAUCAUUGAUACAUGUCUCGAUGUCCUUUCGCUAGGUGGUUGCUUGGUGGAGUGCACGCAGUCUCCUGAUUCAGCUCGAGAGAAACUCGCAAUCUGCGUUGAAGAUCUGAUUUCGCGUGCGUUUUAUCGAUGCCGGUCCACUGACCAUAUUUCUCCUGACUGCAGUUGCCUUGUCUCCUAUCUCCACGCUUUAUCCUCGACUACGGAAACCUACAUCAUGGGUUGCAUGAGCUCCAAGCAGGCCGAAGCAGCGGAUAAAGAAGCUGUUCAGCGGACAGCUCGGAUAGACAAAACGCUGAAGAAUGACAAGAAAUUGAUGGACAGGACAAUCAAGAUUCUUCUACUGGGUGCUGGGGAGUCAGGUAAAUCAACAAUUAUCAAACAAAUGCGCAUUAUCCAUUCAGGAGGGUUUCCUGAGGAUGAGCGACGACAGACACGUGCGGUUAUAUACUCUAAUCUAGUCAUCGCAUUUAAGGUUUUGCUGGAUAUUAUGCGCACAGAGCAGAUUGAUUUCGAACUCGAGAAUACAAAGCAAUUGGCGGAUUUCAUAGACAAUCUAGAGCCCGAUGUAGGAUCGGACGAAGCAUUUUCAGAUUACAAGGUCCGCGAUGCCAUGAGGGAGAUGUGGGUUGACGCAGGGGUGCAAAAAGCCGUGUCUCGAGGUCACGAGUUUGCUCUACAUGACAAUUUGCAAUACUUUUUCGGGUCGCUUGACCGGUUAUUCAAGCCCGGUUGGCUACCAGACAACCAGGACAUGCUGCAGGCCCGUUUAAGGACAACUGGUAUCACCGAGACUCUCUUCGAGCUGGGGCAAAUGAAUUUCAGAAUGAUGGACGUUGGUGGGCAACGCUCUGAGCGCAAAAAAUGGAUACACUGUUUUGAAGGUGUCCAGUGCCUUCUUUUCAUGGUCGCGCUAUCUGGCUACGACCAGUGCUUAGUAGAGGAUCAAAAUGCCAACCAAAUGCACGAAGCAAUGAUGCUCUUCGAAUCUUUGGUGAACGGAGAAUGGUUCAAGCGCAAGCCCAUCAUUCUAUUCCUGAACAAAAUCGACCUUUUCAGGGCGAAACUCGAAUUCUCACCGGUAUCAAAGCACUUUCCAGAUUAUAAUGGUUCGAACUCGGAUUUCGACGCCGCAGCGCGGUACUUCGCCGAUAGAUUCCGCGGUAUCAACCGAAUACCGGACCGUGAGAUCUACAUCCACUACACCAAUGCUACAGACACAACGCUUUUGAAAGCGACUAUGGAAUCUGUACAGGACAUGAUCAUCCAGAAGAAUCUCCACACGCUCAUCUUAUGAGUAUCCUCUGACCGAGACGAUCGUUAUUGACGAGGCUUACCGCCAACCUGAGACGCUGGAUUCUCACUGCUUUUCAUGGCUUCUUUCCCAUUGCAUAUGAGAGCGUUCACAUUCCUGGAUUUUUCACUCCUUACAUAUCCUUAUUCUGUAUAUCUUGCCCUGUAUAUCUUAUACCUGCCCAUCUCUCCUUCCGCUCAUUGAAGCGAUCAAUCGAAGGAUAGUGGACUCUUCGCUACGUUGCCAUGCUACAUUGCAUGAAAGCUCAUACAGCCUGAUUCCCAUAUCUGCUCAUUUCAGCGAUGGUACUUAUGUCUAUAUACUGCUGGGUGAUACCCAUUCUUUCUAUUUUAACGUUCUUUUGAUUCCUCUUUGGUGUUUGGAAUACCUAAUGAUUGUUACUUAUCACUUGUACCUGUUCAUACUUCCUGUAUACUUCUUGUCUUCGUAUCUCUUCAGCUAUAGAUUACUACUGAGUCUAGUAUUGGGAAUGAUAGAGG